GGCGCGGGCGGUGGGGCCCCGCGCCUUUUGUGUCGGGCUUGGACCGCCGCGCGCGCUCUCCCCUCAGCGGCCGCGCGCGCACCCCCUCAGCGGGCGGAGGGGCGCACCCUCCGUCUCGGCCCUCGGGCUGAAUUCGCCUUCGCCUCUCCGUCAGCGGGUCUGGGGGCCGCCGCCCCCUCCCCUCCUUCCACCUUCCCCGGCGGCGCGCGCACACGCCGGCCCGGGCACGCGCCCGCCAAGAUGGCAGGGGCUGGGGCCCAGCUGUCAGGCGCCGCGGCCGCAGCCCAUCCCCGCAGCUAGCGGCCCGGACACCCGCCCCGAGAAGAUGAACCCCCGUUGCCCCCCGCAGCCCAGCGAGACGCGGAGCCGCCGCGCCCGGGGCCGGCUCCCCCGCUAACGCCCCGCGCCCCGCGCCGCGCGCCCGGCCCCGCGCGCCCGCCCCGGCAGCGACAAUGAGUGAACAGAGCAUCUGCCAAGCCCGGGCUUCCGUGAUGGUCUACGAUGACACCAGUAAGAAAUGGGUACCCAUCAAACCCGGCCAGCAGGGUUUCAGCCGGAUCAACAUCUACCACAACACUGCCAGCAGCACCUUCAGAGUCGUCGGAGUGAAGCUGCAGGAUCAGCAGGUUGUGAUCAAUUAUUCAAUCGUGAAAGGGCUGAAGUACAAUCAGGCGACACCAACCUUCCACCAGUGGCGAGACGCCCGCCAGGUCUAUGGCUUGAACUUCGCCAGUAAGGAGGAGGCGACCACAUUCUCCAACGCCAUGCUGUUUGCCCUCAACAUCAUGAAUUCCCAGGAAGGAGGCCCGUCCACCCAGCGGCAGGUGCAGAAUGGCCCCUCUCCUGAUGAGAUGGACAUCCAGAGAAGACAAGUGAUGGAGCAGCAGCGCCAGGAGUCUCUAGAGAGAAGAACCUCAGCCACAGGACCCACCCUCCCACCGGGGCACCCCUCAUCUGCAGUCAGCGCCCCCCUCUCGUGUAGUGGGCCUCCACCCCCGCCCCCACCCCCUGUCCCACCACCACCCACGGGGGCCACUCCUCCUCCCCCACCCCCACUGCCAGCCGGAGGAGCCCAGGGCGCCAGCCACGACGAGAGCUCCGUGUCAGGACUGGCCGCUGCCCUGGCGGGGGCCAAGCUGAGGAGGGUCCAGCGGCCCGAAGAUGCGUCCGGAGGCUCCAGUCCCAGCGGGACCUCCAAGUCUGACGCCAAUCGGGCGAGCAGUGGGGGCGGAGGAGGAGGCCUCAUGGAAGAGAUGAACAAGCUGCUGGCCAAGAGGAGAAAAGCGGCCUCCCAGACGGACAAGCCGGCUGAUAAGAAGGAAGAUGAAAGCCAAACGGAAGAGCCCAGCACCUCUCCAUCUCCGGGUACCCGAGCAGCCAGCCAGCCACCCAACUCCUCAGAGGCCGGCCGGAAGCCCUGGGAGCGGAGCAACUCCGUGGAGAAGCCCGUGUCCUCGUUGCUGUCCAGAACCCCGUCCGUGGCCAAGAGCCCUGAAGCUAAGAGCCCCCUUCAGUCGCAGCCUCACUCUAGGAUGAAGCCGGCCGGAAGUGUGAACGACGUGGCCCUGGACGCCUUCGACUUGGACCGGAUGAAGCAGGCCGGCUUCCCACAGGAGAUCCUGGAGGAGGUGGUCCGAGAGCUCCACAAAGUGAAGGAGGAGAUCAUCGACGCCAUCAGGCAGGAGCUGAGCGGAAUCAGCACCUCGUAGGUGUGCAGGGCCCGACCACGGCCCAGACGGACGGAGGAGCGCAGCCCCGGUCUCCAGCCACCGAGUGCGCCCUGAAGCUGGAUGUGUUUCACUUCAAGUCUUAACCUGUGAGAAAUACUACAAUGAGGGGGAAGUUCAAUUCCUGGAUUUUUUUAGAUUCUACCUGACACAAAACACCAGGUCUACUCGCCUUUUUUUGUAUUUUAUAUUUGUCUAUUUAAGUGUACAUUUCUUUUGGUUUAUAGAAAAGACACCCCCAAACCACACGCUUCAUUAGGUGGUUCCGCGUUCCUCCUGGGUGCCCCUCGCACCUGGGCCUGGCGCACUGUGCCAGCAGCUCCUCCCAGCGUCACGGUGUGAAGUCUGUCCACGCCCCUCGGUGUCUGUGUCCACGUGGUAAUAAACGCUUACUGUCCACA